UGGAAUACGAUCUGUCUUGGAAGUGGGAGCAGAGCAGCUCUCUUCUUUGGAAUUUCACCACCCUCGAUUGAGAUGUGUUUGCAAACUAUUUAGCGUUGGUGAAUCCGUAAAAUGAAACAACACCCCGAAGGCGGUCAUUAAAAACGCAGCCACAUAAUGUCGCACCUGCUGAUGAGGCGACGGAUUCUGCUGAUGGUCCUGCUCUUUGCAGCUCCACUGCGAAACGCACCCCUCGGCGGAGCACAGGUGGCACUAGCAACACCAACAACAACUGGCCGCGACCGCCAAAUUCCGCCGGAGUGGCAGCGGGAUUGGGACUGGGACUUGGGUCCGGACUGGGACUUCAACGGGAAUGGGCACUGGGACUCGAUGGCGCCGCCGACGUCACGCGCUUCCGACGACCUUUACCCUGUUGACAGCGGAAGUCCCGAGCCGAAAUCGAGUGGCUCGGAAAUGGACAACCAAUUCGGAGAUAACUAUUUGGCCCCCUAUCCGGAGAUGUUCGGUCGCCAGUGGCAGCUGCGGCAGCUCAAGCAGCUGCAGGUGCAGCACAAGUGGCAAUCUCCGCCAGCUGCUUCACUCAAGGCCAAGAGGUCGCCCCUGAAGUGGCCCCCCGACGACGCAGACCAGAUGCCCCCCCUCGCCUACGCCUACUCCUUGCCCUGGAAGCGCAAGAGCCAGCCGCAGCCGCCCCGCUACAGGCCCUCGAUCAGUGCUGGAGCCAUGACCAAUCUGGGGGGCUUUUUCAAUCAGCUGGAGGCGAACCUGCGCUUCGCGGAGCAGUCGCAACUGGGCGAGUCCGAAACGCGAAUGCUGGAGGGGAAGCACCCCCAUCCGCUGCACUUGCCGCCCAUGCCACCCGAGGCUCCGGAUGAAAAUGACCAGCAGCAGGAGCAGGACCGGAAGACAUCGAAGCUCCUGCACGCCCUGCGCAGCUACAGACCCUCCCAGAAGAUCCGAUCACUGGUGUCCCGCAAUCCGCAGGGAUACCGCGGCUCCCAGUUCAUAGACCCCAGCUACAUGUGGGUGGGCCUGGGAAAAUGACAAUGAGUCUACCGGCCAACCUCCAUUCAACAAUAGGUACCUAAGAAGCUGCAACGAAUGCCGCCCCGAGACAUAUUUUAAAUUAUGCCCCUCUGUGUGUGUAGAAAAUAUAUU